AAAGCUUGUUUUUUUUAAAUUAGUAGUGCUUCCUGUCGCCGUGUUAUUGUCGCUGACUUGACAGGGCAGGUCUGAGCUGCAACAGCAAGCUCGCAGAGUGCUGCUGCUGCGGGAUCCUCCGGGGAGCGGGCAGAAGGAGACGGCGGUGUUCCUGUAAACAUGCCGUGAGAUAACACACCUUUUUGGCUCUCAGGUAUUCCGUCUCGCUUGGUCUGAAGGGAGGGUCCAUUUGGAAGAGGACUAACAAACCUAGGAAGGAGGUGACAUGCCGUUCACUUAUUGGCGCAGUCAGUGCGCUGAUCGCUGUCAGACGUGGCCGAGGUAAAGACCGGAAUGGUGCAUUUGAAUUUCUAUUUUUAACGCCUUGUUCGACUUUCCAUCCGUUCUGGUCAAGUUUCCCGUUGGAGUAACGACAUUACAUGCCUGAUCGCAGAGCCGGAGCGACGGGAAAAUGCAGCACGGCGGGUGUUUGGCUGCAGGUGGAUGGCCAACCUGACGGUCCAGGUCGCCGCUUCCCUCCCGUUCAGGUCUGGCUUCAUCCGAAGCUGUAAAAACAAACUGAAAACAGAGUGAACCAGAUCAGCCAGUAAACCCGCGCCAUGCUUCCGGGGGUCGGCGUGUUCGGCACCAGCCUGACGGCCAGGGUGAUCAUUCCGCUGCUGAAGAAUGAGGGCUUCGCCGUCAAAGCGCUGUGGGGCCGGACGCAGGAGGAGGCGGAAGAGCUGGCCAAGGAGAUGAACGUACCUUUUUACACCAACCGGAUCGACGACGUGCUGCUGCAUCAGGACGUGGAUCUGGUCUGCAUCAACCUGCCGCCGCCUUUGACGCGGCAGAUCGCAGUCAAAACACUGGCAUACCUCCUUUACUGAUGAAGCUGCCUUCCUGGCUGACUUGUGAGGGUGCGGCGGGCCUUAAGGUGGAGUCAGGAUUGUAGCGGUAGUGCUCUUGAGCAA